AUGAAGUAUACCAAUUUAAUUUGUUCAUCUAUUUUAUUAGCCAUUCCAACUAUUUUGGCUGACGAUGUAGCAUCAUCAGAUACCACUAUUGUUAAUACCAUCACUAUUACCAAAACUUUGUAUACCCCAGAAGAAUCAAGUAGUUUACUUUCAGUUCAAUUAGAAUCAGAAGCUUCUGUUGCCUCAGUUGCUUCAGUUGCUUCAGAAGCAGCCAUUUUAGCAGCAGCAUCAGCAGCUUCAGUUGCAUCAGUUGCUUCAGAAGCUAGUGCUGCUUCUGUUGCCUCAGACCUUUCAGUACUUGCUAAAGCUACUGAAAUCAAAGCUGAUUUGGUAAAUAAUUACAAUUCAACCAUUAAUUCAACUUUGACUUCAUCAACAAUUGCACCAAAAACUUCAUCAUCUGCUUCAUCUUCAUCGUCUUCAAAGAAACAUGAAUCAAUUACUAGUGUCAUUACUAGUACUACCAAUGAUAAUGCUAGUGCUGCCGUCACUACAAAAACUGGAUCAGUUUCAUCUAAAGCUGGAGCUGCUGCAAUUGCAGGUCCUGUCCCAAUCUUAACUAAUUCAAUAUUUACUGCUGGAUUAAUUGCCAUUGCUGCAGUCUUGUUAUAA